UUAAAAAGGAAGGUUUUGAGAGCGGCAUUGGUUUUCUCAAAAGACCUUGCCUCGAAUACUAUUUAUUCAUUAAUCAUACUGACUGAAAUAUAACAUAAAUCAUGUCCUUUUAGAGCAUUCAAUACUAUUUGUGAUGAUUAGAAGAGCCAUAUUUUAUCAUGAAAACAAACUGGUGAUCAAACGCAAGUAAGAGCUGUACAGUUAUAUAACGUCUUAUUUCUUUCUCUAGAAAUCAAACUUAUCACCGCCAUGGAUGUGAGGAUUUCAAAACUUUUCAUUAGGUUUUGUGUGUCGUAUGCAUAUCAUCGUGGUGAUCUUAAUCUUACACGGACAAAAAGACGAGAACUGAUCUCCUUAUUAGAUGAAUGUUUGACGAUGGCUUUUUUCCUAAAUGAUUCCGAGACGCUUCGCCUCAUUUAUUCUGCACUUGACCGUCUCGACCAUCGUAUAUCAGCUAAGAUAACCAAUAAUUUCCAGAACUUUCAUGGCCUUAUUACUGCCGGUAAAGGCAACCAUGCUCUAGAGAUGUAUGCUAACCUACAUUCAGGGAAUGCGUAUUACUCCUUAGGAGAAUACCACAAGGCGAUUGAAAAUUACGAAAAGACCCUAGCCAUUGCUAAAGAGAUUAGUGACAGACAAGUAGAAGGAGCUGCUUAUGGAAAUUUAGGGGUUGUCUAUCAAUCAUUUGGAGAAUAUCACAAAGCGAUCGAAUAUUACGAAAAGGGACUGAGCAUAGCUAAAGAGAUUGGUGACAGGAAAGGAGAAAGAACUGCUUAUGGAAAUUUAGGGAUUGCCUUUAAUUCAUUAGGAGAAUACCACAAGUUAAAGAGAAAGCAACAGGCAAAUUACACAACCUAG